CGCGCCGCUCCGCGCUCCGCGAUGAAGAAGCAGGACGUGCGCGCGCUCGCGCUCAUCCUCUGCAUGUUCUCGUACCUGCUGGUGGGCGCCGCCGUGUUCGACGCGCUCGAGUCGCAGUCGGAGAGCGCGAGGAAGCGAGUGCUGGAGGAGAAGCGCGACGAGAUGAAGAGGAAGUACCGCUUCUCCGAGGGGGACUACCGCGAAAUGGAGCGCGUGGUGCUGCAGGCAGAGCCGCACCGCGCCGGCAGGCAGUGGAAAUUCGCGGGCUCCUUCUACUUUGCCAUCACGGUCAUCACGACCAUAGGUUAUGGGCAUGCGGCUCCUGGCACCGAUGCAGGAAAAGUCUUCUGCAUGUUCUAUGCAGUCCUGGGCAUCCCGUUGACACUGGUAAUGUUCCAGAGCCUUGGUGAGAGGAUGAACACCUUUGUACGCUUCCUGCUGAAGAAAAUCAAGGAGUGCUUGGGCAUGAGGAGGACUGAGGUAUCUAUGGAGAACAUGGUGCUGGUGGGCUUCUUGUCCUGUAUUGGGACCCUCUGUGUCGGGGCUGCUGCCUUCUCUCACUUUGAAGGCUGGACGUUCUUCCAUGCCUACUAUUACUGCUUCAUCACGCUCACAACCAUUGGCUUUGGGGACUUUGUGGCCCUCCAGAAAAAGGAAGAUCUCCAGGAGAAGACACCAUACGUGGCUUUCAGUUUCAUGUACAUUCUGGUGGGCCUGACAGUGAUCGGGGCGUUCCUGAACCUGGUGGUGCUGCGUUUCCUUACCAUGAACUCAGAGGAUGAGAGGCGUAACGUUGAGGAGCGCUUGUCCUGGAAGAGGGAGCAGGGUGCUAUUGCUCUGAGUAUGUAUGAGGAUGGCCAGAGUCGGAGCUCCCUCUUCCUGCCCAUGGAGGAGGGUACCAGUCACACCAACCUAAUCGUCCCCAUGAACGAAGAGCCGGAAUCCAGCCAGGGAAUGCGGCCCUUCAGGCCCGAGUCUCGCAUUAGGUCCCUCUGCUCCUGCUUAUGUGACCCUCUGGGUGGCCACACUAGUCCCCUGCUGUCACACCGCCAGCACCUAGACUGCCAUACCAAUUCCGUCUACCACAGCUCCAUCUCGUACAGGAUUGAUGGGGGGUCCUUUGGCACCAAAGACAACAUUGCACUGUUCUCCAAGGGCAGCACUGGGUACACCAGUCCCUUCCUGUUCAAGGACUUCUCUCACACUCGGCGGAGGUCGGUCUAGCACAGCUACUCAAAGGAGGCCGAGUUUGUACAAAGUUGAUAAUAUUUUUCUACACAACAGAGACAGAAUAUGAGCUGUAUAACCAGUGAAAAUUAUAACAUGGAGC